AUGAAAAACAUACGCAGCGUGUCACCUACAAAAAGUCAAACGGAGCAAGCAGAGACUUGUACUCUCGCCUUUCCCGGAGCCAACCUGGUGACUGUCCAGCACCCGAUUAAAGUCACCGUGCAGGAGGUCGCUGUUGAAGUACCCGUUGCCGCUCCCUACGCUCCCGUUAAAGUUGAGUACGACUUCCCUGCUCUCAUCACUGCUCCUGCACCUGCACCAGUUGCUCAUCUUGCCCCUGCUCCCGUCAAGAUCGAAGACGACUUCCCUGCUCGAAUUUCUGCUCCUGCUCCCGCUCCAGUUGUUUACGCUGCACCUGCCCCAGUCAAGGUGGAGCAUAACUUCCCUGGUCGCAUUUCGGCACCUGCCCAUGCACCAGUUGUUGUUGCAGCUCGUACUCCCGUUCAGGUUAAGAUCUCCGUCGAGUUCGACUUCCCUGCUCCCAUCUCCGCACCAGCUCCCACUCCCAUCGUAGCUGUUGCAUCAGAUAUUGUUGCUGCGAACAGUUCAACUAACGGCAAAAUCUAA